UUAUGCUGGUGAAUAAAAUGUACACCGGAAGGAAUAUGUUUAUGCGCGCACAUUGACACCCAGUCAACUGUAGUACCACACAAAAAGAGAUGGGCUCUGUUGGUGCUGGUUGUGGAUUAAUUGGAGGUGUAUUUUCAGUUUCAUUUCUCUUUAUCACUUGUCUAUAUGGAUCCAUUUUCAUAUAUGGACCUGUGCUACCACUGAUGGUUAUAUGGCCUUGGCUAUAUAGAAGAGUGGUUGAGGUUCUUAGCUCAAUGUGGCAGACACAAAUUGUGACUUGUUUUGAACUUCUGCAAGGAAUGAAAGUUGUUGUCACUGGAGAUGCAAUCCAACGUCAUGAGAAGACGAUGGUGUUGAUGAAUCACAGAACCAGACUUGACUGGUUGUAUUUCUUUCCCUAUGUGUUCCACGCUCGUAUCCUUAACAGGCAGAAAAUCGCACUGAAGUCAAUGUUGAAAUGGAUUCCAGGGUUGGGUUGGGCCAUGCAAGUUGCAGGUUAUAUAUUCCUUGAUAGGCAAUGGGAAGCUGACCAAGUUCAUAUUAGCAACAUUCUGAGCUAUUUUGUUGAACUCGAAUCAAAACCAAAUAUUUUAUUUUUCGCUGAAGGAACUGAUUUUAAUGAAGGAAGUAAGAAAAGAAGCAAAGAAUAUGCUCGGAAAAGUGGUUUAACUGAGUUUGAGUACGUGCUUCAACCAAGAACUACCGGUUUCACAUACUUUGUCAACCAUUUGCGAAAUAUCAGUGGCAUACACGCUGUACAUGAUGUCACGAUUGCGUACCCGUACGAGAUCCUGCAUAAUGAGCUCGAACUAAUAAAAGCAGGGGCGCCUCGUGCUGUUCAUUUUCACAUCAAGCGUUAUUCAAUAUCCGAGUUGCCGGAAGACCAGGAUGAAUUAGGCAAAUGGUGUCAGAAUCUUUGGGCUGAAAAGGAAGCUUUGUUGAAAGAAUAUUAUUCUGAACCCAAUCCCGAUCUCCGGCGUUUUAAGUGCGAGAAAAAACCACCGCAGGAUCCGAGAACCUUCUUGCUCAUCCUAGGUUUCUGUGCGUGGUCGGCGAUCACUGUUUUCUGUACCUACCUUGUCGUUGUCAGUUCAUUUGCGCGCUAUUACGCAUUGAUGAUGAUUCUAUUUUAUUUGAGCUCCGGUUACCUGCUUGGCGGAGUCGAAAAGCUCGAGAUGAUUUUGUUUGAACAGUUUAAAAAGCCUCGUCCUUUGUGGGGGCGUAGAAACAGCGGUCGCGGAGAAAUAGGCGGUGGCGACGCUUAUUAUACUCGAUUAAACCGUUCAUAAGAAGACACCAAAUAAGCAUUAUUUUAUAUUCGCAAUCGACGUUGUAAUUGCUUCGUGUAUGCUCACUGCUCAAUCAAUAAUUUGCACCCAAUUUAGAUUAUUAAUUCAAUUUUACGCUUUGGUUUGACUAUUUUAUCAACUUCCGCAAAAAUCGUGAAGUUUUAAUUUAGUCAAACAGGUUUCAUUUUUGAAACCUUUAAAAGUGACAGUUGUUGCAGUAAAAUUGUGUGAUAUUUAUUUAUUCGUUGUUCCGCACUGUCAGCAAACGUUAACUAAACGUAUCGUAACAGCAAUUCGAAUAGUAAUGAAACUUUAAUAAUUGUUUUGCGUGUUAAACACAUUCGUGUAUUGUUUAACGUUUUUAACAGUUUGUUGUUGCCCACCCUCCCUGUUGAAUAAAUGUCAUUCACUUGUCAA